AUGAUCUUCGAGAGAUGGUUAUCCGUCCUGGCAGCAUGUACACUUAGUACAUUGGCACUAACAGAUGAUACAUACCCAAGAACUCAUCGAACUCAUGAUUUCUUUGCCUUGCAUCUCAACAUGUCCAUUGUGUCUCCCGAAAAAGUCGCAACCCAUCUCGGAGCACGGUACGAAGGCCAAAUCGGAGAAUUAACGGACCACCAUAAAUUUUCCGUGGUGAAGUCAAAAACUGGGCCAGUCGACGCAAUUUCGGGGCCACUUGGUCACAUCAACUGUACCAAUGGCGUGCUUUGGUCCCAGGUUCUAACCCCAGGGUUCCAGCUACGGCAUAAACGGAUCCCUCAACCGCCAGUGGCGCAUCUCAAUACCACAGGCUGGGUUGAGGAUGCGGCCGCGGUUCGGACCCGAAGUAGGAUCUCGUCGGCGCUGGGAAUCACCGAUCCAUUGUUCAACUCACAGUGGCACUUGGUUAAUACCGUUCAGCUUGAGCAAGACAUGAACGUUACUGGUGCUUGGUUAGAAGGGGUGACUGGAAAAGGGACUGUCACUGCCGUCAUCGAUGAUGGCUUGGACUUCCACAGCACCGACUUGAAAAAGAACUAUUUCCCUGAUGGGUCCUAUAAUUUUGUCGAGAAUUCAAAGGAGCCUGACCCAAAACUUGUAAACCAAACUCAUGGAACUAGAUGCGCAGGAGAGAUCGCUGCUGGAAUAAAUGGAAUUUGUGGGCUUGGAAUGGCAUACGACGGAAAGAUAGCAGGGAUUCGUCUGUUGUCUGGGCAAAUAGAUGAACGUGACGAGGCUGCUGCUAUCAAUUAUCGAUAUCAAUUGAACGAUAUCUACUCUUGCUCAUGGGGUCCUCCUGACAAUGGCAGGGUAAUUGGAGGACCAGGAACACUGGUUAAGCGUGCCCUAGAAAACGGCGUGACAAAUGGCAGACAGGGCAAAGGUUCGAUUUUCGUUGUUUCUGCUGGUAAUGGGGGAUAUCUCGACGAUGACUGUAAUUUCGAUGGCUACGCAAACAGCAUUUAUACAAUUGCAGUCGGCGCUAUCGAUCGGGAAGGGAACCAUCCAGAAUACUCUGAACCAUGUUCUGCAUUAUCUGUUGUUGCAUACGCGAGCGCUGGCUACCAAAGUGAUGGAGCAGACAGUAUCUAUACGACAGAUGUUGGGGUCGAAAACUGUGCUUCUGGCCAUGGAGGCACAUCCGCCGCUGCGCCGUUGGUUGCCGGUGCCAUUGCUCUUGCUCUAAGUGUAAGAUCGGAGCUUACCUGGCGAGAUAUUCAAUAUCUUUUGUAUACAACAGCAGUAGCCGUCAACGAGGAAGAAGAUGACUGGCAGAUGACGAAGCUUGGGAAACCAUUCAGUCAUAACUACGGGUAUGGCAAGGUCGACUCAUACAGUUUUGUCCAGAUGGCUAGGAACUGGAAACUGGUGAAGCCCCAGACAUCAUAUCACUCUCCAUGGGUGAGAGUAAACAAGAACAUUCCACAAGGGGCAAAAGGUCUCUCCAGUAUUUUUGAAGUGAAACCACCGAUAGUAUCCGCAUUUGAAAGACUAGAGCAUGUCACUGUCACCACUCACGUCAACCAUACUCGCCGGGGUGAUCUUAGUAUCGAGUUGCAUAGCCCCGAAGGCGUAGUCAGCCGUUUAAGCACCACUCGACGUAACGAUAAUGAGACUUCGGGCUAUGCGGGCUGGGCGUUUAUGUCUGUUGCACAUUGGGGCGAAACCGGCAUUGGCAAUUGGACGAUAGUGGUAAAGGAUACCAUGAUAAAUGAUUUCUCCGGGACAUUUUUGAGCUGGCAACUGAAUCUCUGGGGAGAAGGCACUGAUUCGCUGUCCAGCAGCAGUUCCGACAAAACUGAUGAAGUCAACAAUAACGAGACACCUAUGCAAACGCCGGAUACUGAAGAUGCGGGGGUAUCUUGGGACCUUUUGGUAGCAUCCACAGGUCUUCAACGACUCAGCGGAUGGGCCUCUCUCUCUGUGUCGGUUUCAGUCGUGGUCUGUGGCGCGGUUGGGACUUAUCUUUUGUUUUGCAAGCUGUCUGGUCGUCAUGCUGCCCCUAUUAUUGCCGAUAUUGAUAGUUGA